CGCCGAGAGGACAAAACACAGCGGCAGCCAGCAAACGCAAAAGUGCGUUCGGCGCUGUCACAUUAGUCGAACGUUAGCCACCAACACACCCGCUAAGGUCGGCGGCUACUAACAUUCGUGUUGGCCUACAGCUGGCCAUCGCUCCUACACCGCCCCACCAUCCAUCCAUCCAUCCGUCGUGUGUCGUGUGGUGUAUGUGUGUGUGUAUGGCGUACGUACUAGCGGGUGGUGGCGGGUGAUUGAUAUCCCGCUGUUCUUCCAUCUUCGUCCCCGUGGUGUUGGUUGGCAUCAUUAUCCGGUUUUUUUUAUUGGAAUCGGUCUCUUGUGUCAGGAAGGUGGCCAAUUUUUCAAAACGAUAUCCUUUCUUUCGGGUUCAGUGGUCUUCGUUUCCUAGCCAACCUUACCUACGGUAUCCUUCCGCGUGUGUCCGUGUCGUACACCGUGGAUGAUCGCUUCUUUGUGCGUGUAGUGUUCUGCAAAAAAACGGAAUCAAAAGUGAAAAACAUGGCGUCGACCACUUUGUUCCGAAUCCUGCCAGUGGAUGCAGAAGGAAGUGUGCCCCAAUGCAAGCAUCUGGUUGCAAACUGGUAACUUUGGCGAGGGUGUGCGUGUGUGUGAAAGAGUGAGACAGCUCGAGCUAAUAGUACGGAGAAUUAAAAAAGAAAAAAAAGAAGUGGUUAUUGCAUAUCAAAGAAAAGCAAGGAAAGCAGCUCCUUCCUUCGUUGCGCUCGUCUUCAAGUGUCUGUGUGUGAUGCUAAUGUUUCCUUAAUGCGUCUUCUUCGCCCACCAUUUCCGCGUGUAAAGUGAAACCCCAAAUGCCAUUGUUUUGUGUUGCUGCUGUGUUGUGAAACGCGCAAACUUCGACGCUUGCUAAUCCAGGACAUGUGUGCUAGCCCACACACACACACUCCACUGCUCACCUGUGCCAGCGCCGUUUCCAAGCAGGUCCAAGCAGGUGGCGCGUGCUUCGGCUGGGAUAAAGGGCAAAAAUCGAUCGACAGCCAACUGUCCGGAGCAAGUUUAAAUUACGCAAAAAAGGGGGCAAAAAUCGAUUCUUCCCCAUGCCCGUCCCCGGUCGCGUAGAGAGAGUCGUCCCCCGGCAUAGGAACAUAGCUUAGAGAGGGAGCGAAUGCAAUAGCAGGAAGGAAGCAACAACAAAAAAGGCAAAACAUCAAAGCACACAUCCUGUAGGUGCGACUGUGAAAGUUUGUGCGUGCAUGUGUGUGUACUCUUCGAUGGAACAACGGAGACAGCUUCCAGGUGGAACUACCAAAAAAGACCACAUAAAAACCCUCCCAGAAAACCAAGUGCCAAACUGCUUCCAAAUGUAAUCAGCGGAACAACAGCACACUUCAACUCACCUCACCGCCCCCUCAACCCGGGCGCUGCCAUUAGAAAGUGAUGCUAAUGAUUUAAAGAUUAGUUGCAAUCGAUUUUCGAGAACCCGUCUGCAAAACGGGGAACGAGGAGUUUCAGAAGGAGGUUGCAUCCGAACCGAGCGAACGCAAGAUGAACCCCGACCGGAACAGCCGGAAGUAUCGCUCCGGAAACAAUCUGUACAGCGACGAUGAGCUGGAAUUGUCGUCGUCACAGGUCCUGGAGAAGGUAAAGCCGGACCGGGUAACUUCCACCAAGCCGGACGAGGACCGACGCCGGCGUACGAUCAUCGUGGAGAAGAAGAACGGCUCGUACGGCUUCACGCUGCAGAGCUACGGCAUACACUACAAGAAGGAGCAGGAGGUCGAGGUGAUCACGUACGUGGACUACGUCGAGUACGAUGGCCCUGCGUACCGGGCCGGUAUGCGCGAGGGAGACGUCAUCCUGUCGAUCAACGGCUACGACAUGGAGAAAGCCGAACACAAGGAUCUGGUCAACUUUAUCAAAAACUGUGAUAAUCGAAUGCGCAUGGUGGUACUGUUCGAAGACUGCUGUCGGAAGGUGGAACUACACCUGAAGUACAUCCAGCUGCAGGAUCUGCUCAAAAGCAAGAUGGCCGACCUGGAGCGGAUCUGUUUGCGCGAGCGCGAACUGCUGGAAGGCAAGUGGAAAACGCACAGCCUGCCGGCCCGCAAAAAGGCGACGGCCACUUCCACCGCCGACGAUGCCGAUCCCGGCUCGACCACGGACGUAGAGUCUGGCGGCUCCGGGCCCUCGUUUUGCCGGCCGGCCGCCUCCACCGAGGACGUGAAGAAGCUACUCCGGCAGAAAACGUACAUCGUACCACCACCGGCACAAUUUAUGCUGGCCUAUCAUUGCCUGGACAGUAACUACCGUUACGUGAUCCAUCCCUCGCAAGCAGGCACGUGUGACGCAGCCAGCGGCACCGAGUACUCCACCUGUGCGCAGCAACCCCAGGGCAACCCAACAGCGGCCAAACUUUGCAAGGACCAUCAGCAUAUGAUGCGUGGCUCCUCCCUAGACAGUAGCUCCCUGGGCGGUGGCUGCAAACAGCAGCAGCAGCAGCAGCAGCAGCAACAGUCCUCGCCAACGAAAAGUCUUCACAAUUACGACACCAAAGCGGGCAAAUCGGGGUCCGGGUCGCGUCGCAGCGGCCAUCUGCACGGCCACUCGUGCAACCCGUGCAUGGGCCACUUUCUGCGCAGCAGCAGCAGCGGCGAUAAGGGGCGCGGCGGUGGCGCCGACAAGGAUAACACCAGCCUGGAUGCGUACGAUCUGGCCAGCCCGUGCUGCGAUCCACAGUGUGUUCCGUCGCGGCGCAAGUCGAAGCACCACAAGGACCACCACCACAAGCACAAACACCGCGACCGGGAGGGCAAGGAGUCGGGCGGGAAGGAUCGUAUACCGCGGCCAAAGUCACAGCCACACAUUUCACCGCAGCAGCAGCAGCAGCCGCAGCAGCAACAACAUCAGUCCCACACACAGUCGAACUAUCUGUAUCGACAUAAAGAUAAGCACGAUCAUCACCACACGAAAGUGUACGAUCUAAACGCUAGUCUCGCCAGCCACUGUAGUCUGCACUCCUGCACGUCGAGCGAGUUCAACCCGGCGGCCGAAAACUCGCCCGCCUCCUACAGCACCUCCAUCAGCACCGACACGCUCUACUGGGAGCCGCACAGCGAGUCGACCACCGUGUCCGCGUCCGGUUCGCUCCACAAGAAACCGCCGGCCGGGAGCGGCUCCACCACCAGCGGUGCGCUCGUCCCGCUCGGUAGCGGCGGUGGGCGGCCACCGCACACCCACCAGCACCACUACUACAUCCAGAAGUACGUCCAUCCGCAACACCACGCCGGCUUGGCUGGGCAACAGGGGGCGCAGCAGCAACUUGCCAUCUAUCCACCGCCACCGCCCCUGCCCGCCACCGUACACAAGCCCAAAUCGUGGGACAAUCUGGCGAUGAAGGGUUACGGUGGGUACGGGUACGGGUACGGCUAUCUCGAGGUGGGCGCUAAAGCAGCUGCUGCGGCAGCGGCCGCCGCCGCCACCACCAACCUGCCGACGGCAACGCGCACCCAGACCACCAUCACCAUCCAGCACCGGAACUCGAUCCCGAAGCGGAACGGCUACGAGCGGUACUCGGCGUUUGUCGACGUGGAAAACUAUGCGCCCCCGCCGACCCAGUUCCUGCAGGAAACGACCACCACGACCACCACGAUCACUACGAAAUCGACGGAGAAUCUGCUCGGCGGCCCGUACAACCGGUCCGACUCCAGUCUGUCCUGCGAGUGUCUCGAGACGGCCCCGCUCACAGGUGGUGCAGGAACGUCCGGCGCCGGGCUGGUGGAACACGUGCACGACAAAGCGGGCUACUAUUCGACUCUGGCUGGUGGUGGUGGUGGUGCUGGUGCGUCCGGCUCGGGCAAAAAAUCCAAUCCCAACCUUACAGAGAUUGCCCGUCUUUAAGCAGGGACCGGCACUAAGGGGACGUUCCAUUUUGGGGCGUGUGUGUGUGUGUGGAAGGAUGUUUUUGAAACAUUAGUCACACAUGCAGCAUUUUAAAUUUCAAUCGGUCUGGUACUGGGGGGAAGGAGAGAUAGUAGCGGCUCAAGCUUACCGGCAAUCUCAGGCAUAACCCGCGUAGUGUGUGGCGGUUUAAAUUAGAUGUUGAACAUUUGGUAACAUUUAAUUAGCAAAGCACACUGAAAGACACGACAGACACGCGUCACAUGGGGGACACUGUGUAACAGCAGCAGCAGCUUGUGCAAUGCCAAUAUUAUCCUUAAUUCACCGUUGUUUCUACUUUACUAUAGGUUAUAGAGAAGCGUUGCGCGUAUGGCGCUUCGAUAAAUUACGUAGAGAAAAAAAACAAACACACACACACAGAUAGAGGGCGGCUUGGUACAAUCGUUUUCUUCCAGACAGUUCAGAAAGUUCCAAAAGGUAGUGUGCUAAUAUAGCAGCAGGAGCAGCAGCAGCAGCGCUUAGCAGCAAGAGGAAAGAGUUCCUCCUCUUUAGGGCGUGUUUUUUUAUGAUUUUGCAAAAGAAGCAAAAAAAGGAUUAAGCAAAGAUACUCGCUAAGGGCAUAUUUUUUGUGCUAUUCGGGGGAAAAGGUUGGAUCCAACUCCACUACAGCCAAACAAUAGCGAGAGCGGGUGGCCAUUAGAAAGGUAGUUGAAUAUGCUUUGGAGGGUUUAGGAGGAGGCCUCAUGUCGCGUGUUUUGCUCACUUACUCUUCCGGAAAGGGCGGCUCUAUGUGGGGCAGGUUGUAAGGGGAUGUAAUAUCAUGUGUAGUUGACGCUGGGAGUGGAGGACGCCACUCAAGAGGAGGCUAUUUGUGGACUGGUAAAAGUGUGUCUUUCUUCUAAAGCGCACAGGUAUGGGUCGCAUAAAGGGAACAGUAUAGAGAGAUUAAAGGAAAGGUGCGGAGUGAGUUGUAACGCUCACACCGGGACAGGGAAGGGGAAGUAGGAUUAUAAUAGAUUAAUACAUAAAGAAGAAGAGAAAAAAAAAAACAUUCGCAAAAGCUAAUGAUUUCAUCGUCAGCAACGGAAA